AACAGUAGCAUGUAUUACAAAUUAUUUCUGCUAACGCACCUAGUACUUGUAUAGCGGCAGCAUAAAAUUGCUCGCACAGUUGUCGUCCAUUCCGGAUAGCGUGGCAUGGCAUCGACCUGUCCGACGUCCGGAUGCAAGCUUGCCGGUGGACCUAACAAUUUGCGUGCCGGUGGCGAGGGGGGCUCCCUUCCAAACAGCACAGUACAGUGCUGCCGUCGACGCCCGCCCGCUUCCGCCCCGCGCUAUUUUAUGAUUAUCCCAACCAAACUCUAAUCAUAUCAUACCCCCUCCACCCACAAAAUCCCAAUACAAAUACCACCCAGCAAAUAGAUAGCCCGGGAGGGAAGAGAAGAAAACCACGCCGGCCAGCGCCAAAAGCAGCUACCGAUACCACUCCUGCUGCACAACAGCCCAGCAGGAGGAGAGAGAGAGAGAAAGAAGAGAGGAGAGAGGGCGGCGGCUAGCUAGCUGAUAAGCUCAUGCAGGGCGAGUACCGGUCUUCCAGCGAGGAGUCGGCGGCGGCUGCAGCUGCUGCUGCAGCAGCAGCAGCCAUGGCUCCGUUGGCGGCGGCCGCGGCAGCCGCGGUGAAGAUGGAGGAGCAGGCGGCGGCGAUGGCGGCCGCGCAGGCGCCGGCGCCGCACCAGCAGAUGCAGCCCCGGCGGCAGUACCGCGGCGUGCGCAUGCGCAAGUGGGGCAAGUGGGUGGCGGAGAUCCGGGAGCCGCACAAGCGCACGCGCAUCUGGCUGGGCUCCUACGCCACGCCCGUGGCGGCGGCGCGCGCCUACGACACGGCCGUGUUCUACCUGCGCGGGCGGUCGGCGCGGCUCAACUUCCCCGACGAGAUCCCCGCGCUGGCGAUGGCGGAGGGCGGCGGGGAGCCCGCGCGCGGCGGCGGCGGCGGCGGCGGCGACCCCGACGGCGGCACGCUGUCCGCGGCGUCGAUCCGGAAGAAGGCCAUCGAGGUGGGGUCGCGCGUGGACGCGCUGCAGACCGGCAUGAUGGUCGCGCCGCCGCACCACCGCGAGCGCCAGAGGCACCACCACCACCACCACGGCCACCACCUCCCGCAGCUGCAACUGCACGCCGACGAGGAGGAGCACCGCCAGCAGCAGGAGCAGAAGCAGCAGCAGCAGCAGCGGGCGGCGUGGAGCGGGCGCGCCAAGAACCCGGAUCUCAACCGGGCGCCGAGCCCCGAGAGCUCCGACGCCGAGUGAAGCAGCAGGCAGGCGAGCGAGCGAGCAGCCAGCGGCGGCCACCGCCAAGACUCACUCGACGACGACGUUAUUCAUCAUCCACUCCCUCGACGGCGCCAACGGUCUCCGUCUCCGCUUAUGAUCCCGCGCGUCUACCUCCCAGCCAACCCGUCCAUCCGUCUCCGUCCUCGUCCUGGUCGGCGGGCGGGCGGGCGGGCGGCGGGGCGAAGGGUUUUCGAUCGGUACGUUGUGGAUAAGCACGAGGGAGGGGGGGCAGCUGGCUGGGCCGGGCUUGGGCGGCGUGGGGAGGGCGGAGACGGCGGCCACAAGUGGCGGUCUUUCCAAAUGUCAAAAAGGACAGCUGUAACAGCGAUAAGAAAAACAAGUCAUCAUCCUUCUCUCUCUCUCGUUUCCGAGUAGAUAAGCAGCAGCGAUUAGCAAGCACCUCCCACUAGUACGUUUGGUUAAUCAAAUCGAAUCGGGCCUCGCCUCCGAUCCCCCUGUGUGUGCUUGCCUUUUUCUUAAUCCUUUACCGCUUGACGUGAUCCA